AUGGCGUUACUGGGAAACUAUCUUAUUUCGGGCUUCACUACAUCAAAGAUAACACAAGAAAAUAAAGCAAAGUUCUCUCAUAUACUUGCACCUUCACAACUGACACAUAAUAUUUACAAAAUGUCUUAUUUACGGGCAAUUCAAAAAAUACCGGGCGAUACUGCCAGUGAGAAAUUACGUUGGAUCAGAAAAGUGACUUUGUACCAGAGCAGUAGCGAUCUUGAACAAUUUCCACCAGAAUUACUGCCUAUUUUAAAUGUAGAAACUGCCAUUAAAGAAAAGAAACAUGAAGAUAUAACAUUUGCUCUUAAGUGUGAAGACUCAGCGAUAAUAAACCGUGCAUUUAAAGCCUUUUGGUUUUUUGAUGGUAGCUAUAAAGAAAUUGUUAACGUCAGGUAUUUUUUCGAACAUCUUUUCCCUUACGUUUCUGUAAAAACAAGAACACGUAUUGUGCUGACACUUGCACAUCAAUUGUCUGGCAAGGAUCCAAUUUUUGCGCAGGAAAUAUUUACAGAAAUGGUUUCGAUUUAUGGCAUUCAAACCGCUUAUCCGUUGAUCAUAGCUUGCAAUGAGACUUUCGCUUAUAAAAUAAUUGUGGAGAAAGAAUUAGUGUUACCUGUUAAAAUUGUUAAAAAGAUAUAUUAUAUCAAUCCGGAUUUGGCAGUACGUUUUCUCAAAUUAUUGAGACCUCGUCCCUCUAGACUAAAUAGGACUUAUCAAAAUCCCUUUGCGAUCGGCAUUUAUAAAUACAAAUCUCUCCUCCCUAAAUUAAUAAAGAAACGACUGGAGGCUUUUAUAGAACUGUUUGUGAUUCAUAAAAUUUCUCCACCUAAAAUUACUUUGAGCAACAAGUGCGCCGAAAUAUUUCUUAAGAAAGCUCAGCAACACCUGAUACUAAAGCCACAGUUAUAUAUUCAUAUCUUACCACUCAAAAAAAUUAAUAAGGAUUUAAUGGAAAAAAUAUUCCCUAAUCUGUUGCCAAGAAUGUCUGACUUCAGUAAAUAUACUAUGCUCAGUUACUUGGAACAUUAUCCAUGUGAUAAACAAUACGAUUUGAUUCGUAAAUCAUUCAUGAUUAAAUAUGGUGUUAAUAUUCUUGAAGAAACAAGAUAUGUCCGGCCUGACUUAUUACAGUUAUUACCUGUCGAGGAACGAAACAGAAUGGCUAAAAUUAAAAUUCUCGAGAAGCACAACUUAGGGGAGAAUCGUUAUAAAGAUAAAGUCUCUAUGGAACUCGAUAAUCUAUGUGAACAGAAGUUCUCUUCCGUGACCGAAGAAUCUUGCUGGUUUUAUUAUUUACCUGUUAACGAAAUUAUUCCGGUUAUCAAAGAUAAAUUAAUUAAAACUACAGAUGAAAAAGAUAGAAUUGAUCUCCUUAUGCGAAUGAUCUAUGCUUGUAAUGUUAAUAAAGAUGAUAAUGCCUUGUAUAAAACAUCGUGCACCAAAAUAGAAAAAAUGACAAUUAGAGAUUAUCCUUGGUUAAUGGAUGUUAUUUACGAAAUUCUACGUUCUGGCAAAAAUUCUAUCUUGAAAAAUAUAUUGCAGGAAAAUGAGCCAGAACUGUACUGCAGUUGGUUUCCUUCAAAUAUGGCAAAUGUAACGUCAGGCGCGGCGCUCGCUCUAUUGAAACGAGAUUCACGAAACGUACUGGAUAAUUGGGAAGAAUACUUAGCAAAUUGCAUGAAGAACUACAAUUCAAAACAUGUACAACGCUUUAUCAAGGCCACGCGAUGGUAUAAAGACUUGCCCAUUAAAUUUUUUGAACGUUGCAUGAAUUAUAUUUACGAUAAAAAUACAGAUGAAAUACCGUCAAGCCUAGUUGUCUUGGCUCUUUUAUGUCAUGGUGAUGAAUUGACAAAACUGAUCGAUCCUUUCAUACCCACAGAAACACUGAUAGAUAUCAAUCUUCCAAAUGCUAAAAAUAACUAUAAAAUUGUAAAAUAUUUACUAUUGAGCAUGAGACUUUCUAAUCCACCAAUACCUCUCGAUCUCAUAGUUAGAUUGUGUGUAGGAGAUUAUUUAUCAAUGGCUUUGAUGACACUAACAAAUGCUGAUGUAUUUGAUAGCGACUAA